AUGACCUGGACUUUGGAAUUAUGUUGCCAGAUGAAAACUACGAACCAGACUUUGGAAUUAUGUAAAGUUGCCGGACGAAUAAUACAAACUGGACUUUGGAAUUUAGGUAAAAAAGGAGGUCAGGAACAACAGAGAUUUCAAGAAGAAACACCUGACGAAGGAUCUAAUUGUCAAUGGGAAAGAAUGGAAGAAGAAAGUAAUCCAAAUGAGACGAGUGACAAGACCAAUAAGUCGGCUAGCAAAUCGUCAUCUACCAAGUCAAACAAACAAAAGCAGCAAAAGUUUCAAGAAGAAACACCUGACGAAGGAUCUAAUCAUCAACAAGAAAGAACGGAAGAAGAAAGUAAUCCGAAUAAGAUAAGUGACAAAACCAAUAAGUCGACUAGCAAAUCGUCAUUCACCAAGUUAAACAAACAAAAGCAGCAAAGGUUUCAAGAAGAAACACCGAGCGAAGGAUCUAAGCGUCAACAGGGAAGAAUGGAAGAAGAAAGUGAUCUGAAUGAGACAAGUGACAAGACCAAUAAGUCGACUAGCAAAUCGACACCCAUCAAGUCGACCCUCAAAUCUGCAAAGUCGACUAAGCUGACUCAAGAAGAGUCUGACGAUGAGGUUAUAGAAAUUGAACCGCCAAAUAUUCCUAUAAAAGUGGUUAAAGACGAUCAAGGUAAUGAAAAAGUGAUUGAUGAUGACGAUACUGAUUUAGAAGCAGAAAAUCUAAAAUUAAAGAAACGAAUUGAUGAAGUACAAGCUUUUGCAGACAAGAAUGACGAUCUACAUGAAAGCUUAAACAGACAAAAAGUUCGAGCGAUACAAGAAAAAAUUGGAGGAAGAAAGGUUGAAAUGAAGUCUAUUUUGAAAAUCAUCGAUGAAACUCGAGGACUAGAUUACAAUAAAACGUUCAAUAGCGUGAAAAAUCUCAAGAUUCGUCAUAAACUAGUCUCUGAAUUGCGUUCAGCUCUUGCUCCAUGUUUUCCCGCUUUGAAUAAGCAACUUACAAAAUGGUUGGGUUGUCUCCACAAGUCUAGUUAUUCUCAUCAAAGAUUAAUGGAUAGGGAAAAAGCCAAUGAAAAUAAACACCAGGUGGCAAAGAGAUUAUAUAGUUUUGACGAUGAACGGAUAACAAAAUAUGAUAAGCAUAGAUUACUAAAGAUGUUAUCCAAUCGCUUAUUUCAUUCUCCAGAAAUAAGCGAGACAGACGAAGAAGACCUAACAAAGUCCAUAAUCGCUAUUUACGACUAUUCGUGGAGAUCUGAUGAGCUUAAAAAUUUGCUACGAAAUGUAUUUGAUGUACACUCAUUAAAUAAGGCGAAAUUAAUACGCGAACAUAGAUAUGAUGAUGAAGGUUUCAACACUGAAUAUGAUGAAGUAGAAGAAGUUAGUAGAGGGACAACACCAGCAACUGGCAACACCACCGAAAAUGAUGAAGACCAUAACAAGGAAGGAAAAGAAAAACCAUCAAAUCAACGUAUUUUAACGCAGCCUCAACCUUCUUCAACUACCAUUGCUCCUGCUCCUACCUUGCUGCACUCCUCCUCUCUUCUUUCUCCAAGUGCUCCUCCAUUUACUCCUAUCUCCUCUACGCAAGAUGAAAUUAACGAUUUCAAGAAUAGUAGAGUUGUUAUUAAAAUUCCAGCCUGGAACUUGGAAAUGGAGACCAAUUCCGGCCUGGAACUUGGAAAUGGAGACCGAUUCCAGCCUAGAACUUGGAAAUGGAGACCGAUAGACUUGGAUACUUCUAAACAAAUUCUUUUCUCUGGUGGUGUUUCCCUUUUAAUAGGGAAUUCCUUUGCUUCUCAUGUCCAAGAUUUUAAAUCCCAUUCUUCGUGUUUACUUUCCAUUGAUCUAUAUUUUAAAGGCAACGUUAAAUUGCGCAUAUUUGUAGUUUAUAUUCCUCCUCCAGCUAAAAAAGUUUUGCGCUCUGACACUAUUAAUUUGCUUAUUCAACAACUUAUUCUCACUAAACAAGCUGGUUUUUACCAUGCUGUUUGUGGCAACUUUAAUAUGCAUUUAGAUAAAUAUUACCCUAUUUACUUUAAUCAACUUCAACUUACUUCUAAACAUAUUCACCGAUUAUUUUAUCAUCUCCUUUCUCAUAGAUAUGAAGAUUAUACUCCUAUUAAUCUUUCCAACUCUUUAGGUACCUUUCAACGUAAUGACUAA